UUUCAUUUCAGCUGACGAAUGUAGCAGCAAAACACAUCGGAAAGACCAAAAUGGCAAUACUUUUAGUACACUUGCGACGCCUCAUACUUCUGAUAAGCAUCGUGUAUUUGAGUGGCGCCUUUGUGCGAAAACUGCUGACAGAUUCGCGUCAGGCCUACCUGGUACACAUGAACAGCGGCAAAUCCCUUUUGUGGGCGAAACAUUUGCACUUCCAGUGGUGGGCCUACAUCUAUACGUGCUACGCCUAUAUUGUGCUGGUGAAUUAUGUGAAUAUGCGACGCUACACCACUCUGUUGGAAUACUUCUUUACAUGA